AUGGAGCUGAGCGAAGAGCUCAUGGAGCGUAGAGAGAUGACGCAGGCUGUAUUGUUCUGGGAUAUCUGCAGCCUAUAUAGAGAGGAGCGGCGAAGCUCGGCGAGUGUUGGCAUAAUCAAGCCUGGAUACGAUGAAAGCAUGAAUGAGGGUUUUUCGCUGAUGAUGGCAACUUAUGAGGUAAGCACUGAUUACCCCGAAGAAACAAACAACGUAGAUUACUCGAGGUUUCCAGCUCCCUGUGAGAAUGUCUACGUGAUAGACUUAAUCCGGGUGCUGCAACCCUGCGUCUAUUCCGUGGUCUUCAUCCUGGGCCUGGUCGGGAAUGGCCUCGUCCUGACCAUCUACAUCUGUUACAGGAAACUGAAGAGCAUGACUGAUAUGUAUCUGCUGAACCUGGCCAUUGCUGACCUCUUGUUCAUUUUCACUCUCCCCUACAUGGCUGCCAGCUCUGUGCACGGCUGGAUCUUCGGAAACGCCAUGUGCAAAAUCGUGCAGAGCCUCUACAGCAUGACCUUCUACAGCGGCUUCCUGUUCCUGACCUGCAUCAGCGUGGACAGGUACAUUGUGAUUGUCAGGGCCACCCUAGCUCACCGUCUCCGAGGCAAGACCAUUUACUACAGCAAGGUCACUUGCUUGAUCGUCUGGUUCGUGUCCAUCCUGAUAAGCCUGCCGCAGUUCAUCUACAGCCAUGUGGAGUUGGAGGAGCAGGUGUGUUGGAUGACCUACCCAGAUGUGGCCAAUGGUUGGAUGAAGGUGGGGACCCUAAUCACACAGCUGGUGAUUGGCUUUCUCAUCCCUCUGCUGGUCAUGUUGUUCUGUUAUUCCAUCAUCAUCCGGACCCUGCUGCAGGCACGGAACUCGGAGAAGCACAAAGCCUUCAAGGUCAUAAUGGCCAUCGUGGUGACGUUCGUGGUCUUCCAGACGCCGUACAAUAUAAUCAGCAUCCUCGAGACCGCUGAUACUUUGAACCACAGCUCAUCGGUUUGUCAGCAGAGAAGUCAGCGAGAUAUCACCAUCCAGGUCACCAGCUGCCUGGCCUAUUCCCGCUGCUGCCUGAACCCCCUCCUCUACGCCUUUGUGGGUGUCAGAUUCAGAAGUGAUAUCUUGCAUCUGCUCCAGGCCAGCGGUUGCAUCAGUCGCACACGCUGUCUCAAGCACUUCAGAUCGAGAAGGUACACCAAGCGAGGCUCAGCUUCUAACAUAGAAACAAGCAGCUCUUUCGCUCUUUAAAGAAACAUGUAAAUAAUC